AUGGCGACCUCUUCCUCCUCGAAAGUUUGUUAUUACGAGCUCCUCGGUGUUUCCCGCAAAGCUGAUGACGCCGAGUUGAAGACCUCCUACCGCAAGCUCGCGCUCCGUUUCCACCCGGACAAGGCGCCGCAGAACAACUUGACAAAUGAGGAGGCGACGCAGCGGUUCCAGGCACUGAACGAAGCGUACGCAACUCUGUCCGACCCGCAGGAGCGCGCGUGGUACGACGCGCACAGGGAACAAAUAUUGUAUGGGGACGAUGACGACAACGAAAAUGGCGUGGACCCGUUUGAAAAGCAGCUGAAUUUGUGGAGUUACUUCCGCUCCAGCUGCUUCCAGGGGUUUUCCGACACGGAUCCAAAAGGAUUUUUCAUCGUGUACGAGGAAUUGUUCCGGAAAAUCGACAUUGCGGAACAGGACUACUACUCGGAUGACAGUGAAGAGGAAGAGGGGAACAAUUCUAGUUCAUCGUCGAGUAACCCAAAUAAUAAAGGGAAUAACAACAACAAGAAUAAAUCCGCAGCUAGCUCUUCCAAAAAAAACACUUUCGCGCCUGCUUUCGGCAAAUCCGGCGAUGAUUGGGCGAGUAGCACUUCCAAAUUCUACUCCCACUGGCAGAACUUCGCGACGAAAAGGCCUUUUGGUCACGCGGACAAGUACAACCCAAAUGAGGCGCCGAAUCGGAAAGUGAGAAGAUUGAUCGAGCAGGAGAACAAGAAGUUGCGGCAAGCAGCGAGGCAGGAGUACAAUGAGAAGGUGCGGAAAUUGGUGGGUAUUUGUAUGCGCCGGGACCCGAGAUUUGAGCAGUUUGAGAAGGAGAAAGCAAAGAAACAAAGGGAAAAAACGGAGAAGUUCGAGAAACAGCAGCAACUGGAUUUAGAGAGGAAAAAAGCGGCGAGAUUAGCGGCGAAACAAGAGGAGAUUGAACGGUGGGAAGAGGCGGAGAGGUUAUUGCGGGAGCAGGAAGAGAAGUACGGUGGAGGUCUUUUAUCCGGUAAUGAGGUAGCUACAGACCCAGAUGAUGUUCAAUGUCGCAAUGCAAGUCGGACGCCGCGAGAGGAACAAGACGAACAAGACGCGGACAAUUCCCCAGCACCGCAGGUGUUCGUGUGCGAGCUCUGCCGCAAGAAUUUCAAGACGGAAAACCAGUUCUCGGCCCAUUGCAAGUCGAAGAAGCAUUUGCAAGCGGUUGCGGCCAUGAUGGAGGCGGUGGAGAGCAGUGAGGGGGAAUUAGUGGAGGACGACGAAGACGAUGCUCCAAUGGACGACGAGGAUUCUGACACGUCGGAAGAAGCUGCUGUAGAGAGGCAGCAAGUAGGAGAACAGCGGCAUGACGAUGACGAAGACCCCGAUGACAAAAGCUCUGCACCAGCGAGCCCCAGUUCUUCCCAACCGUCACCAGAGAAAAAUCGCAGAAAAAGUAGAAGGCAAAGCACAUCUAGCAAAGGUAGUUCGCGGUCUGGGACUCGGAGGAGGAAGGACAGCAAGACAACGGAACAAGAUUCAUCUGACGAGAGCAGCGACGACGAUGCAUUCUUGUCUAGGUUUGCGAACCUGAAAACGAAGCAGAACAGCUGCAAGGCUAAGAACGUAGACGCAGCCAGUGACGUUGAUGAUGAGGUUGAUGAGGAGGCUGAGGACAGCCAAGAGCCUUCAUGUAAGAAGAAUCUGAAUUUCAGCCCUUCGAACCGUUCACGCGCUGCUGGCCAAGACGCGGGAGAAAGCAGUCCACCUGCGGUUGCAGCAAAAGCAGAAAACGACACUUCAGGUCUCGACAAAAGUAGCGAAGCUGCAGGCAACAAGAACGAUGCAGUCCCAGCAAGCGUAAUCGACAAAAUAUCGUCGCCAGCGGACGCCAAAGACAGCGACGACGCAGGCGAUGUUGAAGAUGUUCCGAAUGGUAACGAAGGGGACAAUGUUGAAACUUCACUACCACCAACCGACGACACGACUAAGAAAGAAAAGCGUAAGCGCCGGCGCGCAAAACCUCCCGAUGAUGGUGCAGCAAAUAACCCGACCCACCGGUCCGUCCCCGCGCAGUCUGGAGACAGUUGGCCGGAGGCGGCUGCGUCAGCCGUGAUCCUCUGUGCGUACUGCCGACAAACGUUUUCGACAAAAAACAAGCUCUUUGACCAUCUGAAGAAAAAUCCGACGCACAUGGCGCUGAAAACCAACGCGUCCGCGAACUCGAAAAAGAAUCACGACGCGAUGCUGGCGAAUUUUGGGGUCGGAAAUGGUGGGGGGAAGAAGGAGAAUAACAAGAGGGGGAAUAGGUGACAGUGGAGAAGAUGAAAUUCUCGUCGGCUGAGCGGUAUCACUAUCGCUUCAACUGCUCCAACUGCUACUAAAAGAGUUCAAAAAAACUAUGUUGGAGACGCAGAGUAGGAGUAUGAGAACCGGCAUGUCGCACUUCGCCUAAGCAUACUGAUUGUACAACGACGGACCAACGACAUGAUCAACAGAAUUGACUACAAACUGGGCGUAGUAGUCAGUAGAACGAG